UCUGAGUUCAUUACUACAGGAAAACUGUUCUCUCCUGAGGCACAGAGAACGUGGCUUCAGAGCAGCCCUACCAGCUCAGGAGUGGAGUGGGAUAAAACCCAUUGCAGAGGAUAAUGGCAACGUCUGCCUUGCAAAUUGCUGGACUGGUACUUGGCGGUAUUGGCAUGGUGGGCACACUGGCUGUCACCAUCAUGCCUCAGUGGAGAGUGUCUGCCUUCAUUGAGAGCAACAUUGUGGUUUUUGAAAAUCUCUGGGAAGGACUGUGGAUGAGUUGCAUGAGACAUGCUAACAUCAGAAUGCAGUGCAAAAUCUAUGAUUCCCUGCUGGCUCUUUCUCCGGACCUACAGGCAUCCCGAGGACUGAUGUGUGCUGCUUCUGUGCUGUCAUUCUUGGCUUUUAUGACGGCCGUCCUUGGCAUGAAGUGCACCAGGAUCACUGGAGAUGAUGAGAAGGCAAAGAGUUACAUCCUGCUAACGGCUGGAAUCAUCUUCAUUAUCACAGGCAUCGUGGUGCUCAUCCCUGUGAGCUGGGUUGCCAAUUCCAUCAUAAGAGAUUUCUACAACCCAAUAGUGAAUGUCGCCCAGAAACGUGAGCUCGGAGAAGCCAUCUACAUAGGCUGGACCAUGGCGCUGGUGCUGAUUGCUGGAGGGGCACUGUUCUCUUGUGUUUUCUGUUGCAAUGAAAAGAGCAGUAGCUACAGAUACUCGAUACCUUCCCAUCGCACAACACAAAAAAGUUAUCACAUGGAAAAGAAGUCACCGAGUGUAUACUCCAAAAGUCAGUAUGUGUAGUUAUGUAUGUUUUUUUAACUUUACCUGUACAGCCAUGUAAAUGACUUAAGUGUCCACUAUUUUCUAAAAAUGGCCCAAAGGAACAUUGAUUUGCCAUUCUUAACUGCCUAACAUUAGUGACAGGAACUGUGCAUCAACUACUUAUGAUUUUAUGAGAUAUUUCAGCAGAAUGAGAUAUUACACAUGCUGCUUUGAUUGUUCUAGGAAGUACAGUAAUUUGUUUUCUAAAACGGUUCAUACAUUUAUUCUUUCUAUCAGUUACUUCAAAAAUCACAUUGUUAAGGACUGUGUUAUUUUAUAACUGUGAUUUUUCUAUGACAUAGCAUUAUGUAUAUAGAUGAGCAUGAUGUUUAUAUCUCACAUAGAGACAUGCUUAUAUGGUUCUAUUUAGAAGGAAAUACUAAACUAUUAAACUGAAUAAAUAGAGCUCAAAUAUUGCUCCUCAGGGUAAUCAGGGAUAAGAUUGAAGAAGGUUAAUAUUAAUUGUUUAAAAACAGCUUAGGGAUUAAUGCCCUCCAUUUAUAAUGAAGGUUAAAAUGAAAGCUUUAAUCAGCAAUGUAAAGGAAACUAAAUGGUUUUCUGAUAUCCCGUUUUUCAGUGGAGGAGUUAGAAAUUCUAACUCCUUUAUCCUCUUUCCCCAGAGGCUUUUCUUCUCUUGUAUAUUAAAUUAACAUCUUUUAGAAGGCAGAUAUUUUGUGAAGGAGCUUUGCAUUCAAACUGCUUUUCCAGAGCUGUACUAAGAGGAAAGAUAAAACUGUGGUCUCAGAAACAUUAAUGAUUUCAGGAAAGUGAAACUUUUUUCCUUUUAAUUUUUUGUAGCUGGAGAAGAAGGAUGUUUUGACAAGAAAUUGUAUAUGUAUGGGAAUAUGUUAAUAAGUAUUUGAGUACAGACUUUGGGUUUUUAUUAAUACAAAUA